AUGAAACAUUGUAUAUUAAUAAAAUAUUGUUGUUUAGAUGAAAAAAGCAAGACAUUGAAACGGGGAUCUAUUUCAACCAUAAAUCUACCCAAGAAAUCGCACGAAGAAUCGAAGCCUUCGACAUCAAGGCGGAUUAUAGAAAAGAAAGAGUUGGUGCCUUCUAAAGUUUAUAAGGACAUAAACGAUUUGAAAUCGAAGGUUUCCAAGCUUGGAUUGACGGGUUGGUCUCGAAAGUUUGAUGAAAAUACAUUCAGCUUAGAUUAUUUUGAUGGCAAGCAUGCACUACCACACUACACUCUGAAGGUAGAUUCUGGUCUUGGCUUUACUGUUGCAGCUUUUGGUUGGUUUUUGCCAGAAAAUCACCACAUUUACCUGGAACAUAAACACUCAGUGACUUAUGUAUCAGUUGCAUCACUGAUAACUGAGAUAAGGAAUCUUUAUGUUUGCCCUGGCCUGCCACUAACCGACUCUACCACCACUCUACUACAUGUAACCGACCCUGUUGAUGGUGUAUCUGAAGUGACAAGGCACACUGUUCCGCUUUGUCCGGAAGUAUACUGUGACAAAGAUACACCAUACCAGGUGUCACUUUACCUGCGAUCAGCUGAUUGUCUUAUGCUGCAAACGUCUGGCGAGGAUGCUUGUGAUAGCUGUUCCAAGGUCCUCGCGUCAGAAGUUAAAAGACAAAAGCAGUCUGUUAUCAAAAAAGCAACAUCAUUGAAAGAGAAAGCUCCUUUAUCUGGUUCUAGCAAAGAACGAUUAAUUGCUACCAUACAGCAACAGCGUAUCGAGGCAAAGGGUCUGAAAGAUAGACUUUCAGGUUUGGAAAAGGAGAUAAACUCGAAUAGCAUCACUGUCAAUGAAUCUCUUGAGGGUGACAUCCUUAAUAUUUUGGGCAAUGCUGACUUGAAGAAAACACCACACAUGGACUUUUUCUGGCAGCAGCAAAAGAAAUUACUUUCCUCCCCAAAGUUUGGCAGAAGAUAUCAUCCCCACCUGAUUCGCUUUUGUCUCUCUAUUCAUGCGAAAUCUCCAUCUGUGUACAGAGAACUGUCAUCAUCCGGUGUCUUGGUUUUACCAAGUGAACGAGUCCUUCGUGAUUACAGGAACUUUUUCAAGCCCAAGCCUGGAUUUUGUAAGGAAAAUAUAGAGAAAUUAUGUGAUGCUACCAAACAGCUCUUUGAUUGUCAACGCUAUGUGGUUUUAUCCUUUGACGAGAUGAAAAUACAGUCAAACUUGGUGUUUGACAAGCACACGAAUGAGCUAAUCGGCUUUGUAGAUCUGGGUGAUGAAGAUGUCAAUACUGCUGUGUUUGAUACCCCCACCACAUUGGCAAGCCAUGUUCUAGCAUUUAUGGUAAGAGGUGUUGCUAGUGAUCUGAAGUAUAUCCUUGGAUAUUUUAGUACACAAAGCCUCACCUCUUUCCAGAUAAUGCCACUUUUCUGGAAAGCUGUUUCCAUCCUGGAGGUAACUUGUAACCUGUGGGUGUGUGCAGCUGUAAGCGAUGGUGCCUCAUCUAACCGAAAGUUCUAUGAACUGCAUGCAUCUCUUGUUGAGGAAAACUACUCUGUCGAUGUUGUUCAUCGAACCAUCAACCUGUUUGCACCAUCAAGAUACAUUUACUUCUUCUCUGAUGCCCCACAUCUCAUCAAGACCUCCCGAAAUUGUUUGUUCAACUCUGGGACGGGGAAACAUUCCAGGUUGAUGUGGAAUGGUUGUGAUAUGAUUUGGAGGCAUGUUUCUGCUCUGUAUUAUGCAGAUUUAGACCAAGGUUUACACCAGCUUCCAAAGAUCACACCAGACCACAUCAACUUGACAUCAUUUUCGAAGAUGAAGGUCAAUCUGGCUGCUCAGGUGUUAAGUAGUACUAUGGCUCUUGCGCUGCGACGUUUCUACACUGAUGGCUCAGCAGAAGAAACUGCAAGUUUCUGUGAAAUGAUAAACAGAUUCUUCGACUGCCUCAAUGUUCGGUCAACCUUCGAGCACACAAGAAAAAGAAAUGAUUUCCUAGCUCCAUAUUCCAGUGCCGAUGAUGAGCGUUUUGACUGGCUACAGAAUACAUUUCUGGUGUAUCUGCAAGAGUGGCUGACUGCAAUUCACCAAAGGACGGGGAAUUUUUCAAAUGACGAUCGAGCAAAAAUGUUCAUCUCUCAUCAGACCUACCAUGGCUUGAGAAUGACAGUCCAUUCCCUAGUUGAGGUGACAAAAUUCCUGCUUUCAGAAGGACUGGAAUAUGUGCUCUCUGAGAAAUUUUGCCAAGAUCUUCUCGGAGAAUACUUUGGUCAUCAGCGGUCUAGCCGAGGAGGAUAUAGUGACAAUCCAACUGUUCAAAGUUUUGGCUACAACAACCUCACCAUUGCUGCUCAGCGUAGUAUUGCUCCUGUUGUAAGAGGGAAUGUAAUGGGCCGGCACAAAGGAGAAUCCUCUAAAUGGGUAGUAGUCUCGGAAGAACCUCUUCCGAAAAGAAAGCGUAAGUCUUCACAAAAGAACAAAUAG